AUGCCGAACGACAUCAUGCGACGGGGAUUUCUCAACGCCACCGCGGACGCGCCCGAGGGCGAGCGCGCGCACGGACGACGCGCACCGGGCGCGCGCGCGCACGCGGGCCCGCACGCGGUGUUCCCACACGCGCGCGCGUGGACGUCGAGCGCGGGCGCGGCGAUGAACGCGCUGGUGCUGUUGCACGGGGAUUUGGACCACCCCGAUGGGUUCGAGCGGUUCGGACGCGCUGUGAACCUCCCGAGCACCGUGGUGUGGUCUCUGGGGGGGACUUUGAACGCGCGGGGGGUCGAGGACGAUGGGACGGACGGGCGAAAGCUUCGACGAUGGGUCGUCUCGGCGGAUGAGGGCGCGAGCGCGGAGACGCGUCGAGGGCAGUUGGCGCGCGCGUCGAGGGCGGUUCGACGGGCGUUGAGACAUUUGCGAGACGCGUGUGGGUGGGAGCUGAGUCGCGUGCACGUGUUUGGAUUCUCGGACGGCGGCGCGGUGGCGUUGGACGUCGCGGCGCGCAUGACGGGACGGGAACGGUUGGGAUCGUGCGCCGUCGUCGCGGCGGCGCUGCCGGAGCCGGAGCGGUUAGAGAUGUGCGAUGAAGCGCCUACGCCCGUGAUGCUCGUCGCGGGAACGAGAGAUGAGGUCGUACCGAUCGAGCGCGUGCGGGAGACGGCGGCGGCGCUGACGCGAAGACAUCCCGGUUGCGGCGCCGACGUUCGAGAGUUUGAUAAGACGCACGCCAUGGUCUCGAGCGUCGAGGAAACCAGGGCGUUGAUGGAGUUUUGGGCGAAGACGCUCACGCUCCCUCGCGCGAAAGCGUCGGAUUACGGCGACGACGUCGUGGAGCUCAGCGCCGGCGCCUCGUGA